AUGGCUCCUCAUGCUCUGUCUUGGAUUUGUGUGGCUCUACUUGUCGUGUUGGCAUCUUCUUCAUACGUUGGGGCAAGGGGCGCCCGGGCACCAAAAACCACCAACCCGACGGAUGGGUUCACGGCAGUGAGCCUCGAAGAGAGUAACUUUGAGCUGCAAAGACCAUACAACGAGGCGAGUGGAUCGCGGUAUAGCUUCGAUGGCACCGUGCGGAAGUUGUGGGUGCUUUCCUCUGACAAGCCUCAUGCCCGCCAGAGCCACACCAGCCCAAGAACAGAGAUCAGGAUGGAAGGAUAUGACUAUAGCUCAGGCGUGUGGCAGUUCGAGGGGUACGGCUAUGUCCCCUCCGGUACAUCGGGUGUGUCCAUCAUGCAGGUUUUUGGAGGCAGUGAGACGGCCACCACACUCAUGUUGCAUGUUUACAACGGCGCGUUGCGUUACUAUGACAGGCAACUCGUUGAAGACAACAUCUAUGACCGUUGGUUUAAAUUGAAUGUGGUCCAUGACGUCGAAGGGUCUAUGCUCACCGUGUUCAUCGAUGGCGAGGAGAAGCUGCGUGUGUCCGGCCGGGGUGGUGAUUCACACUACUUUAAGUUCGGAGUGUAUGCGCAGAACCACGACUCCAGCUUCAUGGAGUCUCGCUGGAAGGACAUCAAGAUACUAAAGAAAGAUUAG